AAUGCCACCUUUGUAUUUUUAUUUUCUUUUACUAUUUUUUUUUAAAUCAAAAUCAGAGGAAAUACCCAAAAACCCUUUCAAAAGGUUAACAAUUACUCUUCUCCUCUAGAGAGGCACUGAGAAGAUCCGAGUCAUCGACCGACCAAAUCAUCUCUCUUCUUCUUCUCCUCUAGAAGUUGGGCGGUGGAGACUUCCAUUACCUACAAAUAUCAGAUUCUUCUUUCCUUCGCUCGAUUCCAUUUCAAAAUUUGUUCUUCUGGGUCUCUCUCUUCUCCUGUUACUCAAGAAGACGAUUCUUGGGUUUGUCUAAAGUUUUGAGCUUUUUCUCUGUGGAGACUUCGAUUACCUACAUAUAUCAGAUUCCUCGAUUCAAAAUCAAACUUUAUUCUUCAAAAUCAAAUGGAGUGGGAUAGUGAUUCCGAUCUCAGCGGGGGAGAUGAAGUGGCGGAGGAUGGAUGGUUCGGCGGAGGUAACAGAGCGAUUCCGUUUCCGGUAGGUAGUCUUCCUGGAACGGCGCCGUGUGGUUUUGUGGUCAGCGAUGCUCUUGAACCUGAUAACCCUAUCAUUUAUGUUAACACUGUUUUUGAGAUUGUUACUGGUUAUCGAGCUGAGGAAGUUAUUGGUCGAAAUUGUGUUGCUCUGUCAAAGAUAGAGGAUAAGUGGAAGGAAGAGCUUGAUCAAGAACUGGAAAGAAAGCGCACAAGUCAAGUCUGCACGUACUUGUGGAUUAAGAUUGCACAUGACUUAUGUACAACUAGUCUAUUUAGGUACAACUAUGUGUAUGGAUUACUUAUAAGAAAGUACAAAUAG